AUGAAACCCAGCAUCCUCUUGCUCCUGUGUGUUGUGGGUCUCAGCCAGGCAGACAGAGAGAAGAUCUUUGACGGGGUGGAAUGCGUUCGGAACUCACAGCCUUGGCAGGUGGGGCUGUUCCACGGUGGAUACCUGCGCUGUGGCGGUGUCCUUGUGGACAGAGAGUGGGUCCUUACGGCUGCUCACUGCAGCGGCAACUAUAUUGUGCGCCUCGGGGAGCACAGCCUCUCCAAGCUAGACUGGACGGAGCAGUUUCGGCUCACAACCUUCUCCAUCACCCACCCUGGCUACCAGGGUGCCCAGCAGAGCCACGAGCAUGACCUCCGGCUCCUGCGGCUAAGAAGACCUGCCCGACUUACCCACGCUGUCCGGCCCCUGGCCCUGCCCAGUUCCUGUGCACUGGCUGGGACCCAGUGUCACAUCUCAGGAUGGGGCACCACCAACCAGCCAUGGGAACCAUUCCCAGACCGUCUGCAGUGUCUCAACCUCUCCAUCGUCUCCAAUGCCACGUGUCAGGCUGUGUUCCCUGGAAGAGUGACAGAGAACAUGGUGUGUGCAGGUGGCGAAGCCGGGAAGGAUGCCUGUCAGGGUGACUCUGGAGGCCCCCUGGUGUGCGGGGGAGUCCUUCAAGGCCUGGUGUCUUGGGGGUCUGUGGCGCCUUGUGGACAAAAAGGCAUCCCGGGGGUGUAUACCAACAUCUGCAGAUAUGUGGACUGGGUCCGAAGGGUCAUCAGGAACAACUAG